CUGACAUGGCUCAUGGCAACGACUACUAACUUACGUCAGUAAGUAGUAACCGGGACCAACGCGUUAACGUGCCUUCCGAAUCACGGAUCAUCUUUCUUUUGGACAAUCAGGUGAUCAGCCUGUAAUGUCCUAUAAGGAAACUAGAGAUCACAAAGUGAUUUUCGUGAUGUAUCCCCACCGGGUUUUGAACCCGGGCUCUCCGGAUCGUGAGCCCAAUGCUCUAACCACAGGACCACGGAGGCCGUUAUGUUGUUUUAUGUUACGUAUGGACUAGUUAGAUAUCUUCUGAUUUCAUAAAACUGUUUCAGAUAAUCAGCCAAGAUGUGUCGCACAAUCCACGCUGUGAUUUCCACCGUAAUAUGCGGCAUUCAAAUGCUGGUGAGGGUCUUCAUGACCACGAUCCUCAUGUUGGAGAAUGUCAUCCGAAUGCUGCUGCAGACACUUUACAACUUCAUAUCAUUUUUCCUACAAAUGAUAUCGCUAAUACCUAUAUGUGUCGUAUUUUUACUCACGGCAAGAUUAAAAUGCUUCAUGUGCGGCGGCGGCGGGCCCUGCCCCGUCAACAGAGGCGGCGCGUGCGACUGUCUCAUGUCACUAUUCGCUAUCAUCAUCCUCUUUCUAAUAUUCCGAGCCACUGGCGUACUCGACAAGAUAUUCUACACAAUCGGAUAUGCCAAAGCUACAUCCCAUAUCGCUCGAUUCGUUCCAACCCUGGGCGAAAUCACUGAAUGUUCUAGAAACGACACGGAUACGGAAUACAUAUUUUAUCCAGUUGAGACUACUACAGAAGAAUAUGAGGAUACCACCACAGUGAGAAUACUGAGAGCAGGAGGUGCCGAAGAUUAUAGCGAUUCAACUAUAUUUACAGAAACAGUCACCAUAACUGUUGACGCACGAUCUCCACAACCAAUGGGUACUAGCACUAUAAUAACAUACAUGGAUAUUGUCGAAGACAUGGCUACAGUAUACGAUAAUAAUACAGCCGAAGUUAUUAUGCUAAGUGAUACCGACAAUUUUAUUACUCCGUUUACAGACGCAUUCUCAACAAUAGUUGAAGAACAUUACACCCAAACAGGCAAAGAAAACUGGACAACGAUACUCUAUUACUUAGUGUAA